UUAAAAUUUAUUCUGCCGAAAUAAAUAGUCUGGAUAGUUUGGUUUUUCUGAAUCACGAAGUUUUUGUUAAAAUACACGUAAUAUCGUAAUAUUUCGAAUAUAAAUUUAAAUUAAAGCUAUUUAAAAUAAAACAAUGCCUGUCGAUUGCCGUGAAUUAGUUGAAGCAAUUUCAAUUAUUGCUAAUGAACGUAAUGUUCAAGUAACCAUGAAACAAGCGACCAAAGGAUCAUUGGUAUGCGCAGCAAGUGCUUUUGCUGGUGGAAUUCUACUUGGUCCUGUAGGAUUGGCAGUUGGUAGUGCUGCAGGUGGAUUAAUGGCUUAUAAAAUGACUAGUGGCAAAUUCAGACCAUUAGCAGACGUGUUAAUCAACGACUUAACUGAUAGACAAAAAGAGCAAUUGGUGCGUCGUGUUAAUAAUGCAGUAGCUGAGUUCGCAAUAUCCGAUUUGGCAAUACUCUUACCAAUGUUAAUGAAUAAUGCAAGUAUCCAGGAAGCAGUUUUGAAAACAGCUAUCAGUUUCGUAUCAAAUGAACUUAGAGUGCAGGUUAUACAGUGACCGCCGUGUUUUUUAUGGAUUGUGAAAGAUCAUUUAUUAUUAUUAUGUACGAUAUUUUGUAAGGCUUCAAUGUAUUUAGUUUUGCUUAUAUUUUAUAGUUUCAUAUUAUUUCUUGCGUUUCUUUUUAUCAACGUAUAUUCAAGCUAGAAUCUAAUUGUCAACAGUUCAAAAAAUUGUAAUCAUAUAGAUAAGUAUGUAUAGUAAGCAAGGAAGUAUGGAAAUUUAGCUGAUUUAUGGCUAAAUAUAUUAAAAUUAUUUUUUCCU